AUGAUCAAAUCGUACAUGAAUCUAGAGCAUCUUCACAACAACAUACACUGGCUCGUUGGCGGCGACGACGAAGGUCCUUAUGGUCACAUGUUCUCAGUGCCCGUGGCUGCAUUCGACCCCGUCUUCUGGCUACAUCACUGCAAUAUCGACCGACUUCUUCACCUGUGGCAAAGCGCCAAUCCAGGAAAUUGGUUCCAUCAGAAGAAAGGGAGACAGCCGGACAGAAGCCCCCAGCAGCCUCUUAUUCCUUUCCAUAUUUCCGGGGAUCGAGGUGACUUUUACGAUUCUAACAAGGUUCGGAAUGUUGACGCACUGAAUUACAGCUACGACUACAUGGAUGAGAUUACUGAUGAGUACGGGGACAUGAUUCCGGAAAAGAGUCAUCUUUACAUCAAUAAGCUGUACGGCCCACCAGAAAACGCCUUUAAAGAUUGCAGAAGGGAGUUGGAUCCUGUCAUCAAUGUCGUUUAUGACCGAUAUGCAUUCAAUGGUCGGGCAUACUUUUUGCUCUUCUUCCUCGGAGACGUCGACAGGACGGUGUCGUGGAAGAAGCAAACGUGUCUCAUUGGCAGCAUCUACACAUUCACUCCAAUUGUCACGCAAGACAAUGUUGUCUGCAGCAACUGCUACGAACAACAAAAAGCUCACGUCUUGUCGCGUGCGCAGAUUCCCAUUACGCGCGUGGUGCCGAGUCAGAAGCGCGAGGAGCGAGACGAGGCCAAGAAUUACUUGACCAAGAACCUGAAAUGGGUCGCAGUCUUUCAGGAUGGCGGACAAGUCGAUGGCUCCAAGCUAAAGGAUGUGAAUAUUACCCUGUCGAUUGGAGUGAAUCAGCUGCGAGAGGACUUGGGGCGAGAGUCGUCGUUUAAGUUUGAAGAUUACCAAGACGUCGAGUUUGACUGGAACAAGGCUUAUUGCGGUUGA